CAGAACCAUUCGGCUGAUGAUCCGUCUGCUUACUUGAUCAUAGUUCUUGUACAGCUCGGUGAUUGCGAUGAUGCAGUAACUGGCUAGACUAGGAGGACAGAGUCUCCUGCAAAUGCAAUUGUUUGUUUAUCGGGAACAAGGUAGCCGGAUCAUGUGGUUAGAUGCCGUUUGGUUUCCUUAGGAUGAUUUGAAAGAUGGUUUAGCAUUGGCUGUUCAAUGUCCUGUCUCUAGCUAGACUAGGUCGACGUCGUUCUUUGUUUACGUUCAGUUUGUUGUUGCUGUUCCAUCUUAUGGUCUAGUCAUGUUUGUGUUUGUCUAUUUAGAUUGUAAAGGUUGUGUCACCGGUUUAUGGAACUUUUGUUAUUCGCAUGUGCUAUAUGCUUGCACGGUUCCCUUUAUUUGUGGAUGAGGAAGUUAAUUGCAUGUUGUAUCAUUUUUUUCCAGAAAUAAUUCAGGUUGUAUGUAAAGAGUCAUUUUGGAUUAACAAUGUGAGUUAUGGGUAUGGAUCCCAAAUCUAAUAUUAAUGAGAAUUUUACCAAAUUCGGCAUUUGAUUUUGCUAGGGGGAAAGUGGGUGGAUUUGGACGUCAUAAAUUAGUGAGAUUUGGAAGAACUAAACCAAAUCUUUGAUGUAUAGCUCGAAAUUGGAUGGUUUUUGACUCUAUGUUGUUCACGUAUGUUGUGUUGCUCUCUCAGUUCAGUAGACAUGUGGCAGAAUGGGAGGCGAUGCCUUUGGAUAGUGGGUUAACGUCUUUCCCUCCCUUUGGGGAUGGGCUUAGGGGGGUUCAGGGAGGGGUGCAUGAUAGGGAGGGGGCGUUGUGGGUGUUCACAGAUGGGGCUGUUUAUUCAGGUUCUCAUGGUGAAGGUGGCUGGGUUCUGGAGGAUGCCUCGGGGACGCUGCUUGGGGUAGAUGCAUCUGUGUACCCGGAUGUGCAAGAUCCUUUCUUAGUGGAGCUUCUAGCCUUGAGGGACGGGAUUCAGUGGGCACUUGAGAUGGGUGUGCAGGACGUCGUCUUUGCUGGUGAUGCCAAGGUUGUGCUUGACAAGGUGAAGGAGGACUUGUUUUUGGAUGCUCGUGGUGGGGCAAUUUUGAGUGAGAUCAAGGUGUUGAGGCAAUGUUUUCUCCAAUCUAGUGUACGUUUUGUUGGACGUGCUCGUAAUAGGGUGACUCAUAUGGUGGCCAGAAAAGCCCUUUCAUUGUUCCCUAGUUUGAUAGGGUUCGAUUUUCGUUCAUGUCUUUGAUCGGCUAAAUAACUUUAGUGUAUCUUGAUUAUCUCGUUACGAUGUAUCUUUUGGUAACAAAAAAUUGACUUUGAUAGGUAAAUUUUAUUUAUUCCACAUUUGCUCUCAUUAAUAAUUGUUCCUUCUCAUUUCCAAUGAUUUCCUCACUUCGCAAUUUAUUACCUCUCUUCACCAGUUCGCCUUGACUCCGAAAAAGCCACGUGUUCAUUCAUCUCCUUCCAAACUCCAUCCCCACUCUCUUUCUCUUCGAUAUUGAUUUGGCAUAUAGAGUUAGGAAUUCCAGGAAUGUGAGUAUAGGAAUGUGAAUAGCGUACGGUUAUUGUGAAUCCAUCGAAUUCACUAACCAUGUAUAUUUUUCGAGGAAAAUAACAAGAAAAUAAAAGACUUAGCAUGUGGAAAAUUGCAAAGGGUGAUUAUAAAUUUAUAAUAAAAGAUUGGUUUUCGUAAUUCACGGGAGCUAGGGUUGUCAAUGAGCCAGCCGAGUCGAGCUUUGCCAUAGUCAGCGGCGGAUCCAGAAUACGGAAGUGUACUGGGCCGCAUUUUAUUAGAAAAUUAUAAUAGUAAAAAAAUUUAAUGAUUAUAAUUUUUUUACAAAGUAAAUUGUACACGACGGUAUUUUAAUUUAGCGAAUGCAUUAAUAAUGGAGUCCACAUCCAUACCAAUAGUAUACACUGUUUCAAAUAAAAUACUUGAGCAAUCGACUAGAAAUCCAUCGCUCAUUUUGUUGCGCAAAUCAAUUUUCACGUGUUUCGUUGUUGAAAAGGUUCUAUUCGUAUUAGCUGUUGAAACGAGCAGCAUCAACACUAGACAAAUCAAUCUACUAAUCAAUUUGCAUUGUGUUUCCAUCCCUAUAUCCACCAGCUGCUCUAGUAAAUUUUCCAAGGUAGCCAACCUCAUAUAUGUUUUAGUCUUUUACAUUUUAAACUUUUUGAAUUUUUAGGUUUCAUUGUUUUUUUAGACGAAUAACCUUUGGGGUUAGAAUUUAUAAGCUAAAUUUAAAGUAGUGGUUUUGAAUAUGUUCAUCUGAAUUAUUUUUCUAAUUAUACCCAAUCUUAUUUUAAAAUAACAAUGACCCAUAUAUCUAAAAUCGAAAAAUUCAUAAGGCCUAUACUAAUUAUGGAUCUAGAGAAGGGUUGGGUCGGGGCCCGAGGUGGCCACCCCCUGGAUCCGCCACUGGCCAUAGUUCGUGCUCGGCUCGUUAAUAUAUUUCCAAGCUCGAGCUCGACUCGUGUUCGUCACGAGCUUUAAUAUGCAAGCUCGAGCUCGGCUUGUUUAUGAGAAGGAAAGCUCGAGCUCGAUUCGAGCUUGUCUCGUUAAAUUAGGUUCCCGAGCCCAAAAUCGAGUUAAGCUCAUAAAAUGUUCAUAAUAACUCAAGAUUGACUUAGAACUGGGCACAAAAUUACAUUCAAACCUGUAGUAAAGUCUAUCAAAAUAAAACAUAAUAUUUAUCCCAAUUUCAAUAAAUAAAAUCCAUGAAUUCUAAUCCUUUCUUAUGCCAAAAUGUUAAAUGAGCUUGUUCGCGAGCUUUCGAGCUGAACAUGGUAUGGCUCGAGUUCGGCUUGUUUAGUUAACGACCUUGUUCGCGAGCCGGCUUGAUUAAAGACGAAUCGAGUCUUGAAGGAGUUUUUUUCUAGUCGGACGCCGAGCCAUUCAUGAGCGGCUUGCUUCAUUAACAACCCUAAUGGGAGCAUAGUUGAGCGGCCGUUUCAACAAUUCUCGGUAGUCGGUACCAUGGGUUGGUAAAUGGUAGCAUGAGUGUGGACUGUGAAGGGCAAUGCAUAGGUUACUCAGGCCCGUUAUUCAAUUGGAGCAAUAAGCCCAACUCACGUGAAUUAAUAAUGACCAUUUAGAUUUGCCUUCUUAUUAAUGCCAAGAGAUCAUUAGGUUACCUUUAGAUUAAUGGAUAACUUUGGGUCAAACUUCAAUAAUGACAAAAAUGUUCU